UUGAGUGAGCCAACAGUAUGUAGGAUGCUGGAUGACGCUGGUGUGUACCAAAAGGCUGCAGGAGGGUGGAUGGAGUUGUUGCGUCACAAGUAAAGCGAUGGAUUCCCCUGCUUCUCAUCUUCCAUCUGUUUGGAGCGUUGUUAAAUUCAGGAAAACGGACAUAACAUCUGAGGAAUUGUUUGCCGAAAUUCACUGAAUUCACGGGUUGCAGACUUGCUUUCAAAAACACUGAGGGGCUUCAAAUCCUCGGAGAUUGUGGUACGUAAAUCGGUUUGAAAUGUCCGACUUCCACAACCGGAGCCAAACCAGUGCACGCCGCAGUGACUACGUGUGGCAGUAUGAAUAUUAUGACGACGAGGAGCCCGUGUCUUUUGAGGGACUCAAAGCGCACAGAUACUCCAUUGUCAUCGGCUUCUGGGUCGGACUUGCCGUGUUUGUCAUUUUCAUGUUCUUUGUCCUCACGCUGCUCACGAAGACAGGAGCGCCACAUCAAGAAAACCCAGAUUCGGCUGAAAAGCGCCAUCGACCGGGCAGCUGUCUGGUCGACAUCGGCAGUCCCCAGGACGAAAAUGACAAAGCCUUCUCUCGUCCUUUGCUAACUGAGUCACGCUCAUACUUUCACUUCUACAUCAACGAAGAGGAUCAGAGUAAUGGGAAGCAAAAACCAGAGCGCAAGAGAGCUGGAAAGCCCAGCGGGGCCCGAGUCCAGCAGGGGACCAGAGGGAUCAGCUCCUCUGGGAUGGACGAGAUGGAAGACGAUGUUGAGGAAGCUGGGGAACACCAACCCCUCAAGGGACUAAUAGAGGAGAGUAAGACAGACAGAGAAUGUGCCUUAUUUUCCCACUUCAACAUCCCUAACUUUGUCAACUUGGAGCACAGUUCAACGCUUGGAGAGGAAGAUCUGCUGUUUGAGCCGUCCGUCAUACUGGAGCGCCAGUCUCACUCUCAGGAUGCUCACUGUGACAGCCACUAGGUCUGUUUCUACAACGACAUCACAGGCAUAGACAUAACAUUAUUGUAAUAUUUGUAAUAUUUGCCUUCCUUUCACAUGGCCAUUUGUGAUGUGAGGGAGGAAAACACACACCUGCCACACAGCUAUUUCUUUCUUUAAAAGGGUCUCAGCUUGGAUAAUUUUUAUCCUUUUCAGCACUUUGAGAUCAACAAUGAAGAGAGCGAAAAAGAUUCCAUAUUAAGCGCACCUCACAGUUAUGCGAUGACAUUUCUUCCCGAAGAUAAAAUUACCUCACAAAUGGUACAUUUUACUUUGAGUUAGGCUCCUCUGAAUUGGAUGCGGCUGAGUGCUACCUGAACCGGGUGUCUGCUUUGUACAAUUCGUUCUGCUAUUUAUGCCGUCAUGCUUUGUUGUGCAAUGAUAAUGGACAUUAUCGCUCUAACGGGACACAAAUGCCAUGGGGUCUACCACAGAAGUCAUAGAACUAAAUCAUUUGAAGGUGAUGUGUACUUUAACUGUGUGAUUAGUAGCAAAAAAUCAAACAUACCUAUUACAGUGUAUAGGUAACAUAAGACCUUGAGUGACAAUGUGAUAUAAUACUUUUGUAGACCGAUCUCGUUAUCGAAAUUAUUUUUGAUUGUCCAAAUAAAGCCUAAAUGGUUUUGUGGUCGUUCAACUCAACACUGGUGUGGAGUAGCUUGAUGAUUAUGCAAAGUUACGCUUCAGCAAAUGCCCGAGACCAUGUAUAUUUAGCUGACGCAGAGAUGUGCUGGGAAUGCCAGGGAGUCUAUCAACAUUAAAGCGACACUAACUCCACCAGAUCAGUCAAACGGCGCAUUAAUCAUUUUCAGGAGGUGCCAGGGGAAAUAAAUGUUCAAGAAUCUAGUAUGCUGUCCUCUGACACGGUGUUUUUUGAUGAUUAGUUAUUUUCCCGAGAACCGUUUGCAGGCAAAUGUUAUCCUCAAAUUUUCAGUGAAAUAUCUCAUUUUUACAUAAGCAGCAGUUCAUUAUUCUGUCACCAAUGAAAUGUCAUGGCAGCUGUCAAGGGGACAGAGAUCAGUUGCUGAACAAGCUAUGCCAGAUUUAAAAGGGCUCCAAGGGUGCAUUGAGCAUCAAUAACCAAUGGAGGGGGCAAUAGAGUCUGAUCAAUUUCAUGCAGCAAGUCUGCCAUUUGCUUUGUCUCCUAACCGCCCCAACGUGGUCUCUGUAGGCAUUGUGGUUGACAGUUGGUGAGCUGUAUAACGACUGCGCAGCAACGGGGGAGCGACUAAGAGCGAGGGAGAAGGAAGAACAUUGGCAUUUUGUUGACAAAGAAAAAUCUCUGGGAUCUGGUGUGUGUUCGAAACACAAUGUCAAUCUAUACCUUUUUGGUUGCAAGAAAACAAGAAAAUAUCUACAAGGCAACAUGAACAACAGCUUGAAAAGAUGAGCACUGAGGAAGAAAUGCACAAGAAGAAGUGCAUAAUUCAGGCAAAUUUAAUAAAUCUCAUUAAAAAUCAAGAAGUAUCUUUUUUAGGCAUACCUGUUUAAGAGAGUUACCUAAACAGCCAAGGUGGCUGCUUGUCUGAGAAUUAGAGCAUUCUUCUCCUCAGUGGGACGGAAAGUUCUCAGAACAGAUGUACAACAUAAAUACACCGUAAUUGUUACUGCUGAUGUCUCAGUGCACCAAUCCAUACAUAACAGGCUCAAAGUGUCUUCCUCUAUUGCUUUUUCUGCAGCGGAGUGUUAAUGUAGGGGAGAGAUUUGGACCAUUUAUUCCAAUAAAACGAUUUCAAAGUCUUAGACACACUCAUUAGACUUGCUCUUAUUGCUUCCUGAGAAAACGCUAUUCCUGUGAUGACUAAACCUGCUGACACACAGCUGAUUUAAAUGUCAAUAGCCCUCCACUUCAUUUUCACAUAAUUCUAUUAGCUCACACAUUUUGUUUACUUCUUUACAGUCAAACUUUUACUUUGUUUUUAGUUAAGUUUGCCUUUAAGGUGCUAAAUUCCAAAAGUAUCUAUGAUUGAAGGAUUGCCUUUACAUGGCUCUCAAUAUAGCAACGGCUGAGCCGGCUGCUAGAAGCUAACAGUGCUAACAGUAAAAGCAACAGCAACAUUGCUGACUGAUAGUUGAUCGGAUUAACACGCACAGAGGGAGUGUGACUUCCUUCUCUGCUCCGAAUUUAGCACCUUCAAGUUGUUCUACUGUAUAUUUCUUUGAGCUAACAGUGCUGGUUGCUUUGCUAGUGCUGGAGGGACAUCGAUGCAGCUCCAGAGCAAAAUAUGUGCCCCUAAAGCAGAGCUGUCAAAUAUAGGAAGUGGCCAGACAGAAUACCAACUGUCCACAUUAUCGGGGGCUCAUCAUUGGGAUUUAUGUUUCAGGAGGUUUUCUGAAUACCUUUAGACUAUAGUUUGUUAAUGUGUUUGUUUUACUAACAAUAUUUAUACUGGUUGACAAAUUGUCCUGUUUUGUUUUAUUUGUAGUUGGUAUGUGUUUUUUCUUUGUGUUCAACAUUAUAUAUAAGUUCUCCUUUGUGGUCAGUUUAUGUUUUUAUAGCCCGAGUUCAGAUCUAUUUAGUUCACCCCUUUUAUGAGCCCAUAACUUUGUUACGUAUUUUAUAAAUUGUUUGCAUAAUUUUUUGUAAAU